AUGGCCUUGAAAAGCCCCCAACAUGGAAACAGUACUGAGUGUCACUACUGGGGCUACUCCUUUCACUGGACCGACCUCCAUCGCUCAGAGGACGAGCUACGACCCCUUGUCCACACUUUUGAUUCACUUGCCGAUGAGUGUGUGCAGCGCUUGAAUGAUAUCCCAACCGAAGGGGACUCGGAUAAACCUUUCAGAAAGGAUCUAUACGCUCUACUCAAAGACCACGCUGCAGAUGAUCCCAAGCUACAGGAACUAUGGACCCAAGUCAAUACCGUCCCUGAAUGGGUUGACUGGCAGCAAAUACAGCGAGGCCAGGAUGUAUUCUUUCGAUACGGGCUUCCGAUCUUGAACGUGCUCAGUUUCGAAAGUCUUCUCGGCGGCAUGGGCGCAAUCAGAGUCGUCGAGACCCUAGCUCGAACCGGUGGUUUCGGAGCCAAAGUCGUCCGCCGCCGCCUUCUAGAAACCCUCCAACAUAUCCUGCAAGUGAACAGCUCAGCAGAAGGAAUGAAACCAGGAGGCGAGGGGCAUAUCUCAUCCGUCCGCGUCCGACUCCUCCAUUCCUCCGUCCGCCUGAAGAUAAUGGGUCUGGUGGAACAAAAGUCCGACUACUACGAUGUCGACAAGUACGGUAUCCCAGUCAACGACCUGGACUGCAUCGGCACCAUAAAUACAUUUUGCAGUUCAGUGGUCUACAUGGGACUACCACGUCAGGGUAUAUUUCCCAGCACACAGGAGAUCGAGGACUACAUUGCUCUCUGGCGAUUAGUUGCCUAUUACAUGGGCACGCCGACAGAGCCUUUUGAAGAUCCGGCUCGCGCACGCGCUACGAUGGAGUCUCUCCUAAUCUCGGAGAUCAACCCUACUGAGAUUGGAAAGGUACUGGCUAAAAACAUUAUAAUUGGCCUGGAAAAUACGGCCCCGGCUUAUGCCUCCAAGGAAUUUAUGGAGGCACUGAGUCGGCUGCUGAAUGGCGAUCUACUCUCGGACGAACUCGAGAUCCCCAAAUCGAGUCUUUACUACCGUUUGAUGGUAUGGGGCUACUGUUUCUGGGUCUCCGGGAUAGCAUACGUUAUUCCAAAGAUCUAUUUCCUUGACCAGCUGGCAAUUUCGCUCCGGCGGAAACUCUUCUAUAAAAUGCUACUCGAUGAGAAAAUGGGAUUGGGAGGAGAAUCUCGUUUUGAAUUCAAGUAUGUGCCUACUUUGACCCGCACCACUCGACUGGGUCAAAGACGGAGCACCAAGUUUGAGAGGCCAGGCGUAGAAAGUGUGGCGAGGCUAGGCUUGCUUGCUGCGCUCACUGGGAUUGUUACACUUCUCCUGAGUCUUCUCUUUGCAGUAAGAGUGUUUUCUGUGAACCAGCUCUUUCAGAUUGUUGGGGUAUAG